AUGUGCGUAUUGUUUUGCGGCGCCGGCGAAGUUAAAGCCGAUUUGACCGAACUAGACAAGUGUCGACCGAUGAUUGUGAGGCAAGGGGAGGUGAAACGAAUGUUGGAGUGGUUGAUCCACGUUUGUGUGUUCAGUCGCGAGCACUUGCCUCCGGAAAGGCAGCAGCCGGAGCAUUUGAUCCGCGAGAUCGGCCUCGAGCUCGUGACGUCCGAGGCGCUUGCGACUCCGAGUCAGGGCAUGUCCAAGCGAUCCUUGUUUCUGAACAUGCGGCAACGGCGUAGAACUUGGGGAGCGGUCAAUGUAAGCUGUGGUACCUCCCAUCUGUUUGUAUUUGAAUCCGUUGCACAGACAGAAACCUGACUUCUUCCCCUUUCUCAUCCUCAUCCGCCAGCGAUCCGCAUUCAAUACGCCCAAACCUAACGCCGCGGCGAAGCCGCAGGUGGUCUUCAUCCACCACCCGUUAAUCACCCCCAGGGUGUAAGUAGUAAUUUACAUGUUUGCUUUUGUAGGCUCCAGCGUCUGAUGAUUGGGCUGACAAGCGUGUGUGCAGUCAUUGGGAAGAUGUCACAGGGGGGCGAACCGCUUGGGAGAACAUCCUUGACCUGCCCGAUUACAGUCGAUUUUAUGCGGAUGUCCGGGAGGGGCUUUUUACGGGUCGCAAGUGCGCCGAAAGAUAUCCGACACCACUCUCCGUGACUGUCGAUGGGCACCCCGGGCGAUUUGCACACACCAUCCUCCGUGAUGGUGAUCUGUGUGCGGUUGUCUGCACCGUCGAGGGUCGCGCUUGGAGGGACAGGUCCUCCGGCAAAUGGCACGGGCGUCUAACCUCAGGGCCCCUCAGGAUUCGUGCCCCUCAGGAUUCGCGUGCACGGCCAGAACGACGUGAGUACUUCUUGAAUGUAUCUUUUGUGCAUAUCACAUGUGCCUGAUGUAGUUUCCUUUGCUGAUGUGCGGCAGAUGACACGCCAGACCACGCCCCCGCCGACCGUCCAACUCAGUCCAAGCGGGUCAUCGUCUCCCCUGUCAAGCGCUCGCAAUGA